UCGAUAUAUUUGUGUUAGUACUCGCUCAUUACCUCCACAUCGUUGCAGUUGCCGGCGUAAUUGUUGUGAAAACGAUUUUCAAGCGUACUACAACAAGAGUCGUUGGAGAAUAUUUUUCAACGAAUUGCCGCUUGCAAGGGUUUCUAAGGUUCCAAGAAAAGCGUUCGCGACGAUAUCCAGCCGCAAUGUCGAUCGGAGUUCCCAUUAAAGUGCUUCACGAGGCGGAGGGCCAUAUCAUAACCUGUGAGACGAACACCGGCGAGGUCUAUCGCGGUAAACUGAUAGAAGCGGAGGACAACAUGAAUUGUCAGAUGCAGAAUAUCACAGUGACGCAUCGGGACGGUCAGGUGGGACAGCUGGAGAACGUAUACAUCCGCGGCUCGAAGAUCAGGUUCCUCAUAUUACCGGAUAUGCUGAAGAACGCGCCCAUGUUCAAGCGACCUGGUGGCAAGGGAUCGGGCUCAGCCGGCAGAGGGAAAUCCGCAAUAUUGCGAGCUCAAGCUCGUGGUAGAGGAAGAGGACAAAAUCAGAGAGGCAAGGGCACUGGUUCGGCACCUUGGCUGAAUCAACAGAGUCAACCUGGUGGAUCUCAAGCUGGGAGAGGCAGGGGAUAAAUCUUGUGAUAAUAAAGAAUUAUAUUCUGAUUAUUUAAA